AUGCACCCUCUCACGCUCCUUCUCUUUACCUCUCCUUUCGUCACCGGCCUCGCCAUCCGCGAUAUCCAAUGCGGAGCCCCUGGCAUCGACAAGGGGUAUCCCACCCCGUUUCUAAGGCGCGAUUUCAACUGCGAGACGGUCUUGUCCGACUGCUCCAAGCUGUGCCAUGACACGCCAAGUUGUGAAAGCAUCGCCGCGGGCAAGAAUGCGUGCUUUCUAUACUCCUCGGCCGUGGCGGCGAACUUCAAGCCAGACGCAAGCUCCCCGCUGAAGUAUUAUGAUGCAGGUUGCUUCCCGCCUAGUUACCCAGUGGCAUCGACUUCCAAGGUGCUCCCAGGUAGCACGUCCACUCCCUACCCGACAAAAGUCGUCAGCUCGACUUCGGAGGCCGAGCCCACGACAACGUCCACUCCAACGUUGCCUGUAUACCCAACCACAACAUCGCAAGUCACACCACCAACAUUCACUUCGACUGUGCCAGUGACCACCGAGCCGAGCACUUCCACGCCGGAAACCAGUAUUUCCACUGUAGCUCCAGCUACCACUGAAACCAGUACAUCUACGACUGAGGCAGGCACUUCUACGACCGAAGUUAGCACCUCAACUGUAGCUCCAAUUACUUCUGAAACCAGCACUUCGAGUAUAGCACCGGCUACUACUGAAACCAGUACAUCCACAACAGAGGCCAGCACCUCGACUGUAGCACCCGUUACUACAGAAACGACUACUUCAUUCUCGACUUCGGUCUUCACCUCUCUGUCUACUAGCGGAACGAGCACGUCUACAACCUUUUCGACAACCACGUUUUCCUUUACUGAGACCAGCUCCCCUACUACCGAGACAAGCGCCUCCACGUCCGAGACCAGCACUUCAUUCUCAACUUCGGUGAUCACCUCCGUAUCUACUAGUGGAACGAGCACGUCUACUUCCUUAUCAACGACCACGUUCUCCACCGAAGCCAGUACUUCUACAUCUGAGCUAACUACCUCAUCUGAGACAAGUACUUCAUCCAUGGAGCCGGUUUCGACGUCGGUAACCACCUCCCUAUCCACCAGCGGCACGAGUACUUCGACCACAUUGUCGACAAUCACAUUCUCUUCCGCUGUGACAAGCACCACAUUCUCGACGACAGUCAUUACCUCCUUAUCCACGAGUGACACAAGCACAUUUACAAGCCUGUCCACGUCGACCUUCUCUCCUAGUGAGACAAGCACUGAGUUCUCAACGACAGUGAUUACCUCAUUCUCCACCAGCGACACAAGCACAUCCACUAGCUUGUCCACAUCAACGUUCUCUACCUCUACAACACCCACCGCAACACCUACUCCGGCUCUCAUUUCAGUCACAGAUCAAAAUGGCACCUUUGUCGGCUAUGUAGGCCAGGGUGACGAUGGCUUCCUCACCACUGACGCUCUGUUUGACACUGCAUUGAGGUUUCAAUUUGAUCUCCAGGGCCCUCUUCUGCAAUUGCAGUCGAACCUGUAUACUCUCGCGGGCGACGUUAUCGGUGGCCUUUUUGAAACCCCCUUCCCUUCUGAUCAAGUAAAUCUUGAAACUUUGUCGGGCAUAUUCGUAUACUUCACCGACGUACAGCCUACCCCCCCCGGAAGUUUGCCUGUCUAUGAGCUCCUACCGCUUUUCAAUGGAUUUGCCGAGAGCGCGAUCUUCACGAUCGACUUGGUGGCCAAUUCAAUCACAGCGCAGUGGAUCAAUUCAGACGGCAGCACAGCACCAAAUCUGUUUUUCAAGGGCGGCAUAGGGAAUGUAUUAGGCUUGUCGGGCAACCCUCUCAACCCACUAGUGACCUUGUCAAUUCAGGUAAUUUGA